GGGCUGGCGGCCAUCGGGUCUCCUGGCGUUGAUUCACCAGGGAUGGGGACACUCGGAGAGGGUGGGGACAGUCCCACCUGAGGUGGGAACAAGCGGCAAGGGACACGUGGCAAGGGGACACCUGGGAUGGGGACACCAGGGGUGGGGACAACGGGGGCGGAGACACCUGGGGCGGGGGUGGAACAGCGAGCACGGGGUCCCUCGGGUGAGAGGUGCCCGGGCUGGGCUGUCCCCGCGCUGUCCCCGCUCUGUCCCCUCACUGUCCCCUCACUGUCCCCACACUGUCCCCGUUCUGUCCCCUCACUGUCCCCACACUGUCCCCUCACUGUCCCCACACUGUCCCCGCACUGUCCCCGCGCUGUCCCCGCACUGUCCUCGCUCUGUCCCCGCACUGUCCCCUCACUGUCCCCGUGCUGUCCCCACACUGUCCCCGCACUGUCCCCGCUCUGUCCCCGCUCUGUCCCCACACUGUCCCCUCACUGUCCCCACACUGUCCCCGCACUGUCCCCACACUGUCCCCUCACUGUCCCCACACUGUCCCCGCACUGUCCCCGCUCUGUCCCCGCUCUGUCCCCGCUCUGUCCCCGCGCUGUCCCCGCUCUGUCCCAUCACUGUCCCCUCACUGUCCCCGCUCUGUCCCCACACUGUCCCCGCUCUGUCCCCGCGCUGUCCCCGCGCUGUUUCCGGACUCCGCGACGAGCGCGCCCCAGCGCCAAGCCCCGCCCAUGGCCACGCCCCUCGCUCCUCAUUGGCUGAGAUCCGGCCCCGCCCCUCCGCUGAUUGGCUCCCGCCGCGCCCGCGGGUCCGGGCAGGGCGGGGCCCGGGGUCGCGAUCUCGCCCGGGGGUCGCGACAGAACCCCACCCCCACCCCCCCCCCGCUGCCAUGUCGGCCGAGAACGCCGCGGUGCCGGCUGAGGCUGAGCAGGAGACAGAGAGCGUGGUGAGCCGCGUGGCCAGCCUGGCCCUGGUGAGCUGCGCGUGCGGGGCCGUGGCCUCGGCGUACGGGCGCACCAAGGAGAGGCACCCCUGCGUGCGCUCCGUGUGCGCCGCCGCCGAGAGGGGCGUGAAGACUCUGACGGCAGCGGCAGCGAGCGGGGCCCAGCCCCUCCUCACCCGGCUGGAGCCCCAGAUUUCCACCGCCAACAAAUUCGCCUGCAAAGGGCUGGACAAGCUGGAGGAGAAGCUGCCCAUCCUGCAGCAGCCCCCCGAGAGGGUGGUGGCCGGGACCAGGGCGCUGGUGUCGGGCACGGUGAGCGGGGUGGUGGCGAGGACGCGCUCGGCGCUGGGGGCCGUGGUGGGCACCCGCGUGGGGCGGCUGCUGGCCACGGGCGUGGGCACCGUGCUGGGCAAAUCGGAGCAGCUGCUGGACCGGUACCUCCCCGGGACAGAGCAGGAGCUGGGGGCGGUGGCAGCCACAGAGGUGACCACAGGCACAGAGGAGACCGGGGACACGGAGGAGACCACAGGCAGAGAGGUGACCACAGGCAGAGAGGUGGCCACGGGCCCUGAGGUGGCCACGGGCCCUGAGGUGGCCGUGCAGGAGCGGCAGAGGCGGUGGCAGAGCUACUUUGUCCGCGUGGGCUCCCUGUCGGCCCGGCUGCCGCACCGGGCCCUGCGGCGCUCGCUGGGGGACCUGCAGCGGGCACGGCUCCGUGCCCAGCGGCUCCUGGCCCAGCUCCACCACGUCAUCCGGCUGAUCGAGGAGGGGCAGCGGGGCACGGACGGGCCCUGGCACAGCGCCCGCGAGCACCUGCACGGGCUGUGGCUGGAGUGGAGCCAGCAGGACGAGGUGCCCAUGGAGGACAGCGAGGUGGAGGCUCGGACUCUGGCCAUGCUGCAGGGGCUGCUGCAGCAGCUCCACACCACCUGCUCCCACCUGGCGGCCGGCGCCCGGGCGUUCCCCAGCAGCGUGCAGGAGACGGCGGGACACGUCCGGCACGGCGUGGAGGGCGUCCAGGCUUCCCUGGCCAGCGCCCGCUCCUUCCAGGAGCUGUCGGGGCUGGUGCUGGCGCAGAGCAGGGACGCGGUGACGCGGGCGCAGCUGAGCCUGGAGGCGCUGCUGGAGCACGUGGGGCAGCACACGCCCCUGCCCUGGCUCGUGGGACCCUUCGCCCCCGCGCUCGUCGAGUACCCGGAGGAUGUCCCCGUGGACAUGUCCAAGUGGGAGGGCUGUGUCACCGUGGGGGGGACGCACCGCGUGCCCGCUGCCCCCCAGGUCUGCAGCCAGCACUGAGCCGCUGAGCUGGGGGAGCCACGACCCCAAAUCCCACCGGGGAUGAGGGCGUGAUGGACUUGGUGCCCCAGUGUGGCUGUGGGAUGGUGGCACGUGGAGGACACAGCGUGAAUCUGUCUGGGAUCCAGGACUGCCCUAUGCCCCAGCAGCACUGGGAUUUCGUGUCUUAACAGCUUCAAACCAGUUUAAAGAGGAAGAAAACAACUUUUUUGGCCUUAAAA